UAAAAAUCUAACAUUUGACAAAUAAAUGAAUCAACGCCCUGCUUUUAUUUCAGAGGGGAGAGUGUCGGCUCCAGUCAUCUUCUCCUGACUUCGCCUCUUAUCAAAUCUCCUGUGAGCGCCUCUGACUCCGAGGAUCUCACUUCAGGAGGAGUUAGUGACUCCUGUAGCUCCCCUGAGACCUUUCACCAAAACGUGUUUUUCACAAGGUGAUAGUUGCAGAGACAUUUGUCGUUCAAAGUCCAGUCUGUUGGAAGAGUACACACUUUCAGGGAAAUUAGCCAAACUAACGGACAGUUUGCACAUCACUUGGGGUGGGAGAACACACACGGGCGGUAGUGAGCGCACCCAGCAUGGCGCUACAAACUGAAGAAAGUCUGGUGUAUUUAACCAACAACUCAACAGGAAGCGGUGUGGGCAGCCUGGAAGAAGUCGACAAUGCAGACGCUAACAUGUACGGCUCCGGACACGUUAAUCCGCUAGUAGCCUGUGACAUGGAGCAGUUCCGUCAGACAGCUGCUGCUCCUCGGGAGGAGCGGUCAGACGCAGACAGCCGUGUGGGCGACAGCUCCUCUUCUGCCUGCGCCACAAUCUCAGAAACAGCUAGGGAGCUGUGCAAAGCUGUGUCCGUUUCUUUGGGACUGGCCAUAGAGUCCGCUGACACAGGAGACAUGGACGCUGCUCUCCAUGACCAAAUGCGAGGAGAGUAUUUGUUCGGAUCCUUGCCUCUGAACUGUCCCGGAGCUCAGGGGGCAGUGGCGGAGUACGCGCGCCAUGACCAGCACUCUCUGUACGGCCAGAAGCAACUGGUGGAAAUGUUCAAAAGUUCGGAGACUGACUCGCGCCUGCAACACAUCGCCUCCACUCGGACAUCUACGGAGGAGCCACACUUCGCGCUGUGCGAGGCUGAUGGCAUUACUUCAGAGGAGAUCGAUCAUCUGGACACGACGAGUGCAGCCUCUUGUCCUUAUGCCACAACUGCGCCAAACAACUUGCCACACUUCGGACACGCAGCCGAGGAGCGACCGUGCCGAGGCUACAAGCCCCCCGACGAGGAGAGAGACUUCGGGGAAGCUAUGGAGAACAAGUUCGGUGGUUAUCAGCCGGACCAAUACAGCGUCAAAGUGAAAUGUGAGGACGGUGAAGCUGGCCGAGCUCUGUGGGACAGUAAUCACACUUUUAAUGAGAAGUACAACUCGCAGUGUUGGGGCUCCAGGCCGUGCAUGAACGCUUACAGCACAGGGGCCAACACCGCGUUCAUAUGUCAUCCACAUGAGAGGAGCGCCGUGCGUCCGGAGCAGUGGCACCCGGGCGGGAUGAUGAGGCCGCCGUAUCCCAACUCCAACUACAUGAAGCCGGAAGUCGGUGAGUGGCUGGAUGUCGCCUACAAUGACACCAGGGUUGAGCCUGGCAGAGAGCACAUGUUCCCCAUGGAGUUCUUCUUCCCGCCACAGAGGACGUGCCUCAUCUGUUCAGACGAGGCCUCUGGCUGCCAUUACGGUGCGCUCACCUGUGGAAGCUGCAAGGUGUUCUUCAAAAGAGCAGCAGAAGUAGGCAAACAUAAAUACCUGUGCGCCAGCAAAAACGACUGCACCAUUGAUAAGCUCAGAAGGAAGAACUGUCCGUCCUGUCGGCUGAGGAAGUGUUUCGAGGCUGGGAUGACUCUCGGAGCACGUAAACUAAAGAAGAUUGGACAACAGAAAAACCAAGAAGAGGAUCAUCCUAUUCAGGAACACUCAGAGGUCAUCCAGAACCCCGCUCCUACUUCAGGCCUGAGCUACAACUCCCAGAUGGUCUUCCUCAACAUCCUGGAGUCCAUCGAACCGGAGGUGGUGAACGCAGGGCACGACUACGGGCAGCCAGACUCCGCUGCCACCCUGCUCACCAGCCUCAACGAGCUGGGAGAGAGGCAGCUGGUCAAAGUGGUCAAAUGGGCAAAAGGGUUGCCAGGGUUUAGAAAUCUCCAUGUGGACGACCAAAUGACUGUCAUUCAGCAUUCUUGGAUGGGGGUGAUGGUGUUUGCCCUGGGAUGGAGGUCCUAUAAGAACGUCAACGGCAGGAUGCUUUACUUCGCCCCGGAUCUCGUGUUCAAUGAGAAUCGGAUGCACGUUUCCAGCAUGUAUGAGCACUGCAUACGGAUGAGACAUCUCUCCCAGGAGCUGUGCUGCCUGCAGAUCACUCACGAAGAGUUCCUCUGCAUGAAGGCCCUGCUGCUCUUCAGCAUCCUUCCUGUUGAGGGUCUGAAGAGUCAGAAGUACUUCGAUGAGCUGCGCCUCACCUACAUCAACGAGCUCGAUCGCCUCAUUAAUUAUGGGAUGGCCAACAAUCGUCCUCAGAGGUUCUACCAGCUCACCCGACUCCUGGACUCUCUCCAGAUGACGGUAAAGAAGCUCCACCAGUUUACAUUCGACCUUUUUGUCCAGGCUCAGUCUCUCCACACGAAGGUCAGCUUUCCGGAGAUGAUCGGAGAGAUCAUCUCCGUCCACGUACCAAAGAUCCUGGCAGGUUUGGCUAAACCGAUCUUGUUUCACCAGUAGAAGAAUUUUUUUAUUUAUCAAAAAGUGACUCAUCUUUGCUACCUACGUAAACCUUAACGAAGGUUCUGUUUCCCCACAUCGUCAGUUUAAAGCCCUGUCCUGUAAUCAUUAUUUUGUUGUUCAAGUUUUUUGUAUUCCUUUUAGCAAUAACUGUGAUUGUUUGUUCAGAACUGUUAAAGCUUUUAUCUGAAGCGCUGCAAGGCCUCGUCUGUUGACAGCUCCGCUUUCAGAGAUGUUACUUUAUAUAAGUCUGUGUUUCAUGAUUACAGGACACUAAAAGUAGCAGGGUUAAAAACUUUUUUCGCAUGUGACAUUAAAACUCUAGACAAGGUAUUAACUUUACCAAAAGAACAAGAGAUGGCACAAAUAGCAGAUGAGAAUUGGAUAAGGAAACAAACAAAUACUUAUACCCUUUUACUUUCCAAAAUCUGUGCUCAAAAUUGCACACUGAGAACGAUUCAUGCCGAAUCAAGAAUAUAUCUUCUGAGUAUUUAGAUGUUGUGAACGUGAGAAAUACUCUUUCUCGUAAAUAAGCAAGACCUUUUGAGGAUGAUUUUACUGGACAUACCCAGGCAUCCCAAAAUGCAUUGGAGCUCUUCAAACUGUUCAUUAACAGAAGGCGCUGCAGACAGUUAAAAUAAAUAACCAUGAGUAAAAUAUUCAAAAAAUGCACAUAUUAACUUAAUUGAAAUAUCAAAACAUUGAAAUUGCCUUCAAAUAAUACUGGAAAAUAUUCAAUUGGGUGGAUUUUAAUUCAACUGUAACUGGGGCGGUCACACUGACAAACUGAUACAUUGACUUUAAUUAAAUGUAUUCUAUCAACAGAUUCCACAUUACUGUAUUUGGUUGGUUGAAAAAAAUAAUAUUAAAUUUAAAUCAAAAGUAUUAGGUUCAACUUAAUAUUAUUGCUUUCAACUAACCUAAUACAGUUAUGUGAAAUGUAUUUACAUAAUACAUUAAGUUAAAGUCAACGGUUCAGUUUUUUCAGUGUAGUUGUUGAUAUAUGCACCUAUUUGAUGCAGAGAAGAAGAAUUGCUGCACUUUUCUACAGUGGGAACAAUCUGCUGGUAAUGAUACACCUAAUUGUUUAUUUGUCAAGCAGUAUGCACUACAUAAGGAGUGAGUAUGUAGCGUGCAGUAUAGGUUUGGAGUUUGAACACAGCUCCAAUGCUGUCUUCAGGUGCAUCUACUCAUUUCCUGCUUAUGAAUGUAGUUAGUACAAUUUGGUGGGCAUUUAAUUAUGUUGGCAUAUUAGGAUUACUAAGGUAACAAAAUAAAUAAAUGACAUUACGAGCUGGGGGAGAGAGAGAUAUAAAGAGAAAACCUGCAAUGGUAACCACACUUACCAUUUAUUAUGUCGACAGUGGAUGCCCUAAUCAAAUAUACUUGUAUAUUACAAAUGUACUGCAUGUUUAUUAAAAACAUAGUGUAAUUUAAUACAUCAAUAAUGAAAUACUUGUGAUUUAAGCCCAGAAUCACCAUAUUAUCAUAGCAGUUGAACUCAAUAGCAAUUGGGCCUGUACAGAAGAAAGUUUGGUUCAGUUUCUCAGCAUCAGGAUCAACGACAAGUUUUGGUUCCUUAACCAAAGAAAAAAACCGUAAUCUCAAGUUUUCUUCUCAUAAAUAUGUGAAUUACAUUUGCAGAGAAUAUCCAAGUCUCUCAGAAUAUUACCCCCUCCCAUGGCUCAGUCAUUUAUUAAUGUUUACCUUCAGUGGCCCUAAUACGCUGUCGUUUCUAAGAGCUAAAGUGCCUUAAACACAGAAAUUAAGAUGUACCUUUAAGAUAACUGUUAUCAAGCAUUCGAAUGAAUGGACAAAAUCCACUGCUGAGACAAUCAAAGAUAAGGAAGUCAAGCAUUACAAAACAAACUUGAUGUCCUACAUCAUAUUUUAAAAUGUAUGUCAAACAUCAUAUUGUCCUGCUGUGAGAAUGUACUGUAGUUUUAGUUCAACUGGCGUUAAUCCAGGAUAAAUCUACUGAGGACAGUUGAUGUCUUAAUGAGAAACUCAAAAGUGAAAUCGAAAGUUAAGGAAAACUAGGUAUGUAAUGAUACAUUACAUCAUUGUUGCCACCACUUUGACUCACAUUUUCACAUCUCACAUCAAAACAUAAUAACUGAAGAUUAAACUCCCCUGCAGCUGUUAUUCCCUCUAAACAAUAAAGAAACGAUGUUUGAAUUAAAAUAAAAAUCUAAACUAAGCAUAGCAAGAUUUUUCAAUUCUGGAAACAUUAUUAUUCACUCAUGUCUAUGAUGCAUUGAUAACAUACUUGUACUGUAUGAUUAUAGCUAUGAACAUUCAUAAAUAUAACAACUAUGUAAAUAAUUCAUUAUAACAACAAUCACAACGCAUAAAGCAUGAUCGUAUAAGCAUAAUGACUUUUGAGGUCAACUAUCAUAAAACGUCAUUAUUGCUUGUCACUCAUAAAUCGUUGUGUUUGGGUCUCCCGUGACCCGUUUCAAGUUAAAAAGAUAUAAUAACUUUUUAUCGGAACAAGGCUUCAUGAUAUCCUCCACAACAGCUACACUGUAUAUAAACACUAAAAAACUGAUUUUGACCAUUUUAGCCAAGUCUGAAGGUCUCUAAAAAAAAAGUGUAUUAUUCGGUGUUUGGGUUCGGGUCUGGGAAGACCCAGCAGAAUUGUGUUGGGUGACUCGGGGUCAAAUUUGGCACAAUCAAGAUUCAUCUUUGACUUUAGACACCCCAGCCCCACCCCCUUCAUCUACUGUAACAAUAUUAAAAACCUUUUUUGGGGAGAUUGUAUUCUAAUAUUAGUCUAUUAUAGUCAGACAACGUAAUGAUCCACUGACUUCACUAUAGGGAAUAUAAUGAGUGAAUUGAAUCACAUGUUUUACUUAAAUAUGUGGUGUAAUAUUUUUUGGGGCCAUAACAGGAUUCUAUGAAUGCAUAAUAAGUUAGUUAUGAUGUAGUUAAAACAAUAUUGGAUGAUAGUCAUUAUUUUUGAGUGUUUUGGAUUGAGAUAAAUUGUGGGUCAAAAUUGACCCACGAACACCAUGAACGGUAACAGCGUUUGAACACAACACAAGGGUUAAGAUUCUUUAUGCAAGGAUAACAUUUUUAUAUAAUUCCCAUAGUUGUAAUACAGUAUAAACUAUAAAUUAAAACAUUCAGUUUGUUGUUAACUAUCCUAAAAUCCAACAUGGACCACUUGUAGUGGCUAAUAGUCACAUCAAAAGUAAUGAUUAUAAUGCCUUAAAAUAAGAUUAUAAUAUAUUACAGCUAUAGGAAUUAUAAUUCAAAAUGAUCCUUUGCUGAAAAAUAUCAGUGAGUUCAUAACAGCAAUUAUGAAGCAUUAUGAUACUCAAACGCGUUAUAAAAUGUGUUGUGAUUAUUGUUAAAAUGCAUUAUAAGUAGUUAUUAGAACUUGUAACAUUAAUUACACAAGGCUUUAACAUAACACUAGUAUUUGAAUAAUGAAUUAUAGAAAUGGCUGUAAUAGAAAGUGUUAGCAGCAUUUCCCCCAGUCAUCACCAUUUGUUCUUGCCAAAUUCUGAAAUCAAAUAUCAAACGUUAUAAAACGUAUAAAACACAGAAGGAUGUGAAAUUCCAGCUAUGACUGAAACAAGUUACAUUUGAAAUGGUACGUUGCCAUUGUUGCACUGUAUCCCCUGAACACACCGCGUGCUUACUGCCGCUGAGUGUAGAGCUGUUUGCUGAUGUUAGAGCAUUAACUUAUAAAUAUGUAGAGGGUAAACUUGUUCUGGCGGACACUUGGCAUGAGUGAAAUUAGAGAAAAUUGGACUGUAAGCUGCUUUUAUAGUUUAUUCCUCCACUGCACAGCUACAAUAAAAUAAGCAAUUUUGCAGAUCUGGCCAACAAGAUAUCAUGCCUUUUUGGUUUUAAUUGUGCAUUGAAUAGGUAUCCAACCUCCAUUCAGACUCUUUUGCAGCUACUUUAAAGCUCAUUAAGGCAACGCUAACCCUUUAAGAUUAAUUAAUAAAACUAAAGUUGUGUUCACUCAGUCAGCGGACAGAGCUAUCCCUAACUGACAGUCCUGCUGUGUGUAGCAGCAGCAGAAACUGGCAGACACACAAUGAGAAGUGGAUUCAAAGUGCCUGCGAUAUUAGAUUAGGGCAGUCAUUUUCCAAAAGGACAACAAAUAGAAAUGUGCAGCCAAAUUAGAACUGGAAGGGCUUCUGAUGCACAAUCUGAAAGGUCCUUGAAUAGCCCUGCCAACGCUUGGAGUUCAGAACCAAGGAAACAAAUCUGUGGAAUGCCUUGAAGAUAACUCAAAAACACUUGAGUAAAACUGUUGAAAAGCAUUCAGUCAUGGAGCCGAAUUCUAUAAUCACUUUUAGUUUUUAUUUAAAGAACACAAAUUGAGCGUAUUAUGUCACUUUGUACACACAGCAGAGCGUGAAUCACACUGAAAUAGUAUCUUGUCAGUAAAUGAACCAAACGUGGAAAGGUUGGCAUAUUUAUCAUCAGAACAAACAAAACUUCAACAUAACUUCAGCUCACGUCCUGCAGCAAUGCUUUAUAACUCUGUAAAUACAACACUUUUAACAAUUCUAUAGUUCUUUCACUAGCUUGUAGAUGCAUGCAUUGUGUGUGUGUAGAACUGUAUUCAUCAUUUUUAGCUUUACACAAAGCAAUGCAUGGACAUCCACGGAAGUCUCUCCUGUGUAUUCUGUCAUUGUUCAAUGCAUGAGCCAUCUGUCAGGAAGCAUGAUGCCAUCUUGUUGUACAGUAACAAGCUGGCAAUAACCGCCAGCUUCAGUGUUUUGUUUCGGACCCAUUCACUAACUUCAGCUGUGCGUCAAAAGUACUUUUCUUCAUCUGCAAGUUAAUAUCUUCAUAUUGUCUUUUUAUACAAUGUUUACUAAAUGAAAAUGAACGGAGGGAUGGACCAAUCCAGGUGAUCCAUGAACAUUGAUCCCACAACUUAAAUAAAUGUGUCUACCGUUAUUUAAGGAAGCAGUAAUGGAGUGUGAUAUUAAACAUACAGAAAUGUCCUUCAAACAUAUCAUAUCAUAUCAUAUCACGUAUAUCAUAUAUAAAUCUAAACAUGUAAAAGAACUGGAAAACGACUCAUCCUGUGUUACCCUUGAAGACUGUUCAAUACUCUUUUUUUAUGCAUGCACACAUUAAAGGUAGCACUGGGUGAGUAAUUUAUAUUAAAAUUGUUAUUUUCUUGGUGAUAUUCCUUUAAGUAACAACAUAAUGGUAAACUUUUGAUUAAAUUGAAAUAUUCAGAAAUCUUCUCACAGUUCCCAAAUGCACUAUAUUGUAAGACUGUUGUUGCCGAUAACACUUUGUAAUCCUUGAAAUGAACACUGGUUUCAAAGAAUGUUGUCAUUUGUAAUGCUGUUUUAGCUUUAUCUCAAGGCAUUGCCAGUCAAUGAGCCACCCAGCUGCUCUGUUCACUUUGAAUAUGAUUGAGUCACAGUAGGCUACAGUGUGUGUAUAAUGUUGAUGGACAUUAGUUGGUACACUGUGUGCCCAAUGUACUGCAUAUUAACCUGGUUCUUUGUACAUGCUAGAGUAUCUGUUUAAUGUCUGUUUUGGUGUCCCAGUUCUUAACUUUUAAAGACAUCUCUUGUAGGAUUUAUACCUUUUGUGACUUUGUGUUUUUCAAUAUUUGUUUUUAUCAAAGGUGUAAAGCUGCAUCGUCUUUUAAAGGCAAUUAAAAUAAUUCUGACUCUU